AGGUAAUUUUUCGUUCACUAACUCCCUUGUAAAUUGUUUCGAUUUACUCUAUUCACACAUCGAUCCUAAAGAUCAGUGUAUAAGGUCUCUGCCAGAAAAUUGAUAUGAGCACAGCUUCUGAUGUAAAAUACAAGAGACUGGAGUAUAGAAGUAUUAGCCAUGAGUGAAGACCUACAUUCCGACUACUUACGAAUAUCAAGUCAACUCAGCAAAGUUACUGAUGACCUUCACAAAAUUCUUAAUGAAUUCAAUUGCAUUGCACCAAAGAUGGAAAAUUCAUCAUCAUUAUCACCACAACAACUACAGCCCUCAACAUCCUGCACACAAUUUAAUAAGAGCGAUAACUGCACAUGCUAUAAUUCAAGGCAUACUGGAUAUGCAGACUGGUUCCUCAGUCCACUGCACGAACCUUAUCACAUGCGUUCAGAUGACUAUAUGAUUAAUCAACAUUAUAGACCUGGAUAUCUUGGAGCCCUUUUUGAUCUGAAGAAUACGACAGACAUUAAUGAACAUAAAUUCUCAGAAGAAUGUCUUGUGAAAUAUUUAAAUGCUGCCAAGUGCAAAAAUCUCUUUGAUUGCAAAUCUGCUGAUCGUAGACUUUUAGAUAAAGAAAUUUUCAACUUGAAUUCAAAUAACAGAGAAGAUCAGCUUUUCAAUAUUAAUGUACAAAUGGCUAAACUUCGACUUGAUAAAUUGCAUUUAAAAGAAGAAAUCCUUUUGGAAACCAAAAGACAACAAGAGUUGGAAAGAACUAGACCACCUCGAAAAUUUUGGUAUAUGUUACGAACAAAGGAGUUCACCACAGAACACUUGAAGAACCAAAACAUGUUAAAAUAUUAUGAAUAUCUAAAUGAUAUUCUGAAUUACCGAAAACAAUUAUUGAAAGCUUCUCGAGAUGCUAAACGGCAUUUUCUACAAUGUUUAUAUUAAAAAAAAUAUAUUAAAUUUUGUUUUAAUAACA